AUGUGCUCCGCCGGAGCGGUAUCAGCGGCCCAAUCGGGCCGCGGAAACAGGUUUUUUGCUGAUGAAGCCCUGGACUAUCAAGUUAUUCUGCCGUCGCUGCCAACAGGUGCGUCUGUAGCGAAUACUGUUUUUCUUCACGGGGAUUUGAAAGCCAGGCCUUACCGUGUAGAAGACUUUCGGGACACGUUGGUUCAUCUCGGAGUGCUUCCUGAAGUGAUAGCUUUGGGGGCGUUCCAGAUGAACCAUGUUUGGGCCGUCACUUUUAAAAGUGCAGAAGCUACGAAGAAGAUGGUAGAAAUUGGGGAAGUUCUGGUCAAGGAGAAACGGUGCCUUGUGGUUGACCCCGAAAAUCAAGAAGUGCGCAUCAAGCUUUACUGGGUGCUACAUAAUGUUCCGGACGAAGAAGUGCGCUCUGCUCUAGCACCGUACGGGAAAGCAAGCGAUAUCUACAAGGAGCGCUGGCGAGUGCACGGAAUAGCUGACAAAGGCUCGUCUACGCGCACGGUUGGUCUGAAGCUCAAGCCUGGUGUAACUCUAGAAGAUUUACCCCAUCAGUUGCGCGUUGCAGGAAUCAUGGCUCUACUCGUGGCGCCGGGACGCCCACCGCUAUGCUUGAGGUGCCAUGCCACAGGCCAUAUCAGGCGCGACUGCCGGGUACCGCGUUGUGCCAAAUGUCGGCGAUAUGGCCACGAUGAAAGCGUCUGCGUGCGAACCUACGCAAACGUGGCCGGAGUCAAAGCAAGUGAUGAACUGUCGACAGAACAUCUAAUGGACGAGGCAGACGCGGCCGAAACUACCCCCGAGGCAGACAGCUCGCGAACUAUUGGUGCAGCAAACGUGUCACAUGUGAAGCAAAAGGCUGCAGUCAUUAUUGCGGAAGACACAGCCAUCGCUUCAACAGAGGCUGUAGAGACACAGGCGAUGGGCGCUCCAACGAGCCAACACAUUGCACCUGGCGCGAGUGUCGAGCAAAGCCCUGAGACUACAGACGUCAUUAUGGCAAGUACCAGCAGCCCUGCACCAAAACGACUCCAUGAGGACGGCAAAGAAGGGCACAGGACCGACCAGAAUGCAACGGAUGAGCCGCCUGUGAAAACGACACCCCAUCGAAGGACUACAUUUAAACCCGCACCGAAAAUACCGCUCGAGCCACGGCCCGAGCGGAAACCGCCGGCCCCGCCGGCGACGUGA